AGUGACUGAGAUCCCGCGAAUCCUGCGGCCGUGCUCCCGAAGGCCAAGGCGGAAGCCGGGCUGCCAGAACUCGCGAAUCCCGGGGGCCGGGCUCGGAGGAGGGACUCCGAGCUCAGGAACACGGCGAGCUCAGAGACCCGGCUUCAGGGAAGAGGCACGGCAAGGCCAAGGAGCAGGGGCUGGUAGUACGGGCUUCGACCCGGGAAGAUGCACAAGAGGAAUGGACCCCCGGCACCCCCGGGUCGAGGCGCUGUCACCGCCCGCCAGCUCGGCCUGCUGGUUGAUUUUUCCCCAGACGGCCUGAUGAUCCCUGAGGAUGGGGUAAAUGAUGAGGAACUGGAGGCUGAGUUCUUGGCUUUGGUGGGGGACCAGCCCCAGGCCCUGGAGAAACUCCGAGGCAAAGGUCCCUUGCCAAUGGAGGCUAUUGAGAAGAUGGCCCGGCUCUGCAUGAGAGACCCGGAUGAGGAUGAAGAGGGGACUGAUGAGGAUGAUGUGGAGGCUGAUGAGGACCUGCUGGCAGAGCUAAACGAGGUCCUUGGGGAGGAACACAAGGAUGUGGAGCCCCUGAAGUCUGUGGCCCAGCCAAAGCCGUCAGGUUCCAACCCAGGAGUAGAGGCCAUGUUGCAGGAGAGGCUAGCCCUCUACCAGUCUGCAGUGGAGAGUGCCAGGCAAGCUGGGGACAGUGCCAAGAUGCGACGCUAUGACCGGGGGCUCAAGACACUGGAAAACCUGCUGGCCUCUUCCAGGAAGGGCAACAUCAUCAAUGAAGCAGACAUCCCUCCACUUGUUACAGUGGGGAAGGGACCAGCAGCCAGGCACAGCCACACCCAUGCUACUCCCCACCUGGCUCCUGUGAACCUGCCAGCCACAGAGUCCAGCGUCACCUUGGAGACCCUAUCUACCACCACACAAACCCCUGCCAAGCCUCCCGGUCCCUGCAGCCCCCUCGCCCAGUUGCAGAGCCUCCAGCAUGAGUACAAACUGGCUGCCCUCCAUGCCAAGCAUCAGGGCGACACUGCUGCGGCCACUAGACACUUGAGGGUGGCCAAGAGUUUCGACCCUGUCCUGGAGGCUCUGAGCCGUGGGGAACUGGUGGACCUUUCCCGCCUGCCCCCUCCACCUGACCAGCUGUCUCCAGAGCCCCCUUUGCCAGCAGCACAACCUUUGACCCCUGCCUCAGCACCCAUCAGACCAGAGGUUCCCCAACCUCCAAGGAGCCUCCUGGAGGCGCUGGAGCAGCGAAUGGAGCGGUACCAUGUGGCUGCGGCCCAGGCCAAGGCCAAGGGUGAUCAGCGGAAGGCACGCAUGCACGAACGCAUUGUCAAGCAAUACCAAGACGCCAUUCGAGCCCACAAGGCAGGCCGAGCUGUGGAUGUGACCGAGCUGCCAGUACCCCCAGGCUUCCCCCCAAUUCAGGGCUUGGAGAAUGCAGAGCCCACCCAGCAGAGCCUGGCGGGGGUUCUGGAAACUGCCAUGAAGCUUGCUAACCAUGAUGAAGGCUCAGAGGAGGAAGAGGAUGAGGCUCCUAAAAAGCAAAAUACCCCUGUUGCCCCCACAACCCAGCUGAAGUCCUCACCCUCCAAAGCACCCGCAUCAGGACCAGCAACAACAGGCAAAGCAGUUCCCAAGGGUACAUCCAGCAGGGCCCAGCAGCAACUGGCCUUCCUGGAAGGUCGUAAGAAGCAGCUCCUGCAGGCUGCACUGCGUGCCAAGCAAAAGAAUGACGUAGAGGGCGCCAAGAUGCAUCUGCGCCAGGCCAAAGGGCUAGAGCCCAUGCUAGAGGCCUCUCGCAACGGGCUGCCUGUGGACAUCGCCAAGGUGCCACCCGCUCCUGUCAACAAGGACGAUUUUGUGCUGGUGCAGCGGCCUGGCCCAGGCCUGUCUCAGGAGGCUGUGCGGCGCUACGGGGAGCUUACCAAACUCCUGAGACAGCAACAUGAAAUGUGUCUGAACCACGCCACACAGUUCACCCACCUGGGUAACAUUGCUGAAACUAUCAAGUUCGAGAAGCUGGCAGAAGACUGUAAGCGGAGCAUGGACACCCUAAAGCAAGCCUUUGCCCGCAGUCUGCCCACACCUGCUGCCCGCUUUGAGCAGAGGACCCUCAGUGUUAUCAAGAUCUUUCCGGACCUGAGCAACAACGACCUGCUUCUGUUUAUCGUGAAGGGCAUCAACUUGCCCACACCCACAGGGCUGUCCCCCGGUGACCUGGAUGCCUUUGUCCGGUUUGACUUCCCUUAUCCCAAUGUGGAAGAAGCUCAAAAAGACAAGACCAGUGUGAUCAAAAAUACAGACUCCCCUGAAUUUAAAGAACAGUUCAAACUCUGCAUCAACCGUGGCCACCGUGGCUUCCGAAGGGCCAUCCAAACCAAGGGCAUCAAGUUCGAAGUGGUCCACAAAGGGGGGCUGUUCAAGACUGACAGGGUCCUGGGCACAGCCCAACUGAAACUGGAUAUGCUGGAGACAGCGUGCGAAGUCCAUGAGAUCCUGGAGGUUUUGGAUGGACGCCGGCCCACUGGGGGGCGGCUUGAAGUGAUGGUCCGGAUCCGGGAGCCACUGACAGCCCAGCAGUUGGAGACUACAACGGAGAGGUGGCUGGUCAUUGACCACCUCCCAGCAGCUGUGCCCACGGUCACUGGUCCCAAAGCAAAGGUGCCUCCCAUCGCUACCUCUUGGAGGGACUCAGGGAACAGGUCAGCACGUCCCCUGCACAGCCUGAGUGUGCUGGCCUUUGACCAAGAGCGGCUAGAAAGGAAGAUCCUGGCCUUGAGGCAGGCACGCCGGCCUGUGCCUCCAGAAGUGGCCCAGCAGUACCAGGACGUGGUGCAGCGCAGCCAGUGGCAGAGGGCACAGCUGGAGCAGGGGGGUGCUGCCAUCCGCAAGGAGUAUGCAACCCAUCUGGAGCGCCAGCUGCACUUCUAUACAGAGGCCGCCCGGCGCUUGGGCUAUGACGGAAGCAGGGAGGCUGCGAAGGAGGCAUUGUACCGGCGGAAUCUGGUGGAGAGCGAGGUGAGUGGCCAGAGGGGCUGGGGGCAUAUGUGAUAAUGGUCUCCUGACCCUCUAUGUCUCCCCCAGCUGCAGCGACUCCGCAGGUGAGGCUCAUCUCUGGAUUACAGGCCCCAAAGUCCAGUGCCAGGCAGAGCUCCAGGGCCACCGAGCAGACAAGCAGACAAUCAGCGGACAGUUGGUUCUGGACUCGCCCUGUCCAGGCCGGCCCCAGGGACAUCGCAACAGCACCCUCAUCCCUGUGUGGCUGGGCAGGCCUUGGAGAGUCCUGUUUGCACAUCCAGGAGCAUCUGGAGCAGAGGGUGGCUGGGACACAAGCCCAGAGGGCCCUGCAAGCACUUUACUUCCUGCCCCUCCCCAGUCUGAACCCCACAGCCCUCUCCAAAGAUGCCACUGCAGCUGUCAAACUCAGCUGACUCUCCAGGGGCUGUGCUGACCCAGUUGGGAUCCCCCCCCCCCAGGGCCAACACAGAAUAAACAGCCAAGGCCAUA